AUGUCUUCUACAUCCUUCUCGUCGUCGUCGUCGUCGUCGUUAACUUUUUCAUCUGCGAUCGAUGGGAAAUGGAAUGGAAGAAAAAAUAGAGGCGCGAAUUUUGCGAGGCAUCCUCUUCAAAGAAGUUUGAACCGAAGAAGCGUAAACGGAGCUUUGUCAUCAUCAUCAUCAUCAUCAUCAUCAUCAUCAUCGUUCGCGAUUGAGAAGACGUCUGUCUCUCCAAACGAAGAAGGGAAGCGUUUAAGAGGUGGAGAGACGCGUGAAAUUCAAUCCUCGAUGGUUGCGCGCGAGUUCGAGAAGGAGUUGACCGUGAGAAACAACACCAACACGAAAAAUAAAAUUACACUCGUCAGCGGGUAUUCGAGAAGCAUCGAAAACUUGACCCGAGAAAUAAACGACACGAACAGAGGAGAUGAGAUUCAACUUAGCGUUUACGUGUUUGAGCACGGUAAAUCGACCGAAAAAGUAAUUGAAAGUUUAUCGAACGCGUGUAAUCGAGGCGUAUCGGUUCGCGUAAAAGUUGACGGUUCCGCUGUGUCAAAGUUCACAAGGUGGUGCGAACAGUCGACGACUUUGGUCGAAAAGUUGCGAGAGUUGGAAAAAGAGCGGAACAACGCGAACGAGUUUGAGCUUUUAGAGAGCACGAUUCCAACGCACGCGAAGUUCGCGACGUUUAAACGAAAGAAUAAUGGCGAGUACACCGGAAUGUUAGGUGGCAUUAACAUCGGAGAUCGAUUUGAGAAUUGGCGCGAUUUCACGGUUCUCGUCCAAGGCCAAACGCUCGUCGAAGCGUUGGAAAGUUCAGUAUCCUCUGGUGCUUCUUUUACUCCUUCUUUGUCGUCGUUGUCGACGUCAAAGUUGUUUGAGAAGUUGCGGUGGCCAAAUGGAAAGAAAGAUGCAAAGAAUAAAGAGGAAAUUCACACCAAGUUUGUCUCGAACAAUCCAACCGGUUUUUGUCCUUUAGCUUGGGCGUUUCCACGAAUAAAAAAUUUCCCGGGCACGUUUGGCGUCAAGAAGUCGUUCGAGGAGAUUUUGAACGAUAGACAGUUUGACGAUUACACGUUUUCUAUAGCGUACUUAGAUUCCUCCGGAGUUGCGAUGAUUCGCAAAAUCAUCGACCGAAACGCGAACGUGACAAUCUUAAUGCCGUGUUUCCCGAACGUGUAUCACGAUGCGAACAGAAAAGCGUUGGCAAAAUUGAAAAAAGUUCACGAGUUGAUUAAAUUGAGAUCGAAAACGUCCGCGCCUCGACUGUCGAUCAAAUUGUUACCGGAAAUGUUACACGCCAAAGCUUUCGUGGCGAAAAGUACGACGAAUCCAGACGUAGGCAUCGCUUCUUUAGGGAGUUGCAACAUGCGACAGCGCUCGUUUGGUCAAUUUCAAGAGCUCAACAUCAUCACGCGAGACGAAAAAUUUCGAGAGGAUUUAGAAAACGAGCUCUCAAGUAUUGCCUUUGCUUCCUUCGAUGCGGAUGACGAAGAUUUCUUGUACGCCGAGCCGAAAGCGUCGGUAGAAGAAUUUUUAGGCUAG